GCUCCGUACGGUUGAUAAGAUUUAGUGAAGCGUAGCCAAUUGCGAGAUCAUGAAGCAACUAUUUCUUGGCCAGGUCGUGCACAGCAAGUCUCUCGAUGAGUUGGAAAUAUUGGAAGACGGAUUUGUGGCGGUCGACGAUGGCAAGAUCUACGCAGCCGGUGACCGAUCUCAGCUGCGGGCACUGCUACCGGAAGCCGAGCAGUACGAAACGGUUCAACUUUCGUCCUCGCAGUUUCUGUUGCCGGGUCUGAUCGACUGCCACAUUCAUGCGCCACAAGUCCCAAACAUUGGCCUAGGGCUGGAUAAGCCUUUGCUGGAAUGGCUAGAUUCCUACACAUUCCCUCUGGAAUCGAACUAUCGUGAUGCCAACUUUGCCGGACCCGUGUACGAGUACGUGGUGAACACUACCAUUGCCAAUGGUACGACGACCGCGUGUUACUUUGCGUCGAUCUUUACCGACACCAAUAAGAUUUUGGUGGAUGAGAUGCUGAAACAAGGCCAGCGAGGUUUCGUUGGAAAGGUAUCAUCGAAUCGGAUGUGUCCCGACUUUUACAUCGAAUGUGAUACUAAAGCGUCGCUCCAAGCCAACGUAGAAUUCAUACGCUACGUGCUGGCCAAGAAGAGUGAUCUUGUGCGCCCGAUAGUGACUCCCCGGUUUGCUAUUACCUGUGACGAUGCGCUACUCCGGGAGCUGGCGAAACUGGCCCGGGAAUACGAUUUGCCCGUGCAAACGCACGUCUCGGAAAAUCUUGGCGAAAUUGACACGGUGAAGCAACAGUUCCCGGAGGCACCGAAUUAUGUCGGCAUCUACGAUGCGACGGGUCUGCUAACGAAUCGGACCGUGCUGGCACAUGGAGUCCAUCUGGAGGAUGCGGAGCUACCGGUUCUGGCCGACCGUGGUACGUCGAUCGCGCAUUGCCCCAGUUCGAACACAAACUUGGGCUCGGGGUUCUGUGAUGUGCGCAGGCUGCUGGCAGCACGUAUCAAGGUUGGCCUCGGUACGGAUGUGUCGGGGGGAAGCGAAAUGUCCAUCCUGGCGGCAAUGAGAUCCGCACUCGCUGUAUCACAGCAUUUACAUUUCAUGAAAACGCAAAACGUUCAAGGGACGGGACGCGUUGGGCCACCGGCUAACGGAAAGCCAGUGAGCUACACUACGCUGACCUAUAAGCAAGCUCUGUUUUUGGCCACCCUCGGGGGCGCACAAGCACUGGCGCUCGAUGGUGUAGUGGGAAAUUUUGUGGCCGGUAAGCAGUUUGAUGCUUUGCUAAUCGACACGGAGCUACUUCCGAUCGGUGGUAACCGACUGCCGGAAGCGAUGACGAAGACACGGAGCAAAUCGCAGCAGUUGCUGGAACUUAUCCAGAAGUUCGUUUACGUGGGCGAUGACCGAAACAUCGUGAAAGUGUACGUGGCUGGCAGACAAAUAAAGCAAAUGUAA